AUGAACGACCGCGAUGACCGUUCGUCAUCCACCCCGACCGGCAUAUCGAAGCAGGGCUCCGCGGCCGACAAGGAGAAGCCGCGGCUGACAGACCAAGAGAAGAAGAGUAAUCACAUCGCGUCGGAGCAGAAGCGCCGCGCUGCGAUUCGGGAAGGGUUUGAUCGAUUAACGGAAUUGGUGCCCGGGCUCGAGGGCCAGGGCCGGAGUGAGAGCAUUGUCCUGCAAAAGACGGUGGAGUUCAUGCAUCUGAAGCUCCAGGAACGGCGCGAUCUCAUCGCUGAGAUUGAGAGUAAAGGCGGGCGGGUGGACGAUUCGCUUCGCCCGUCCUAA